CGCUCGCGCUGCUGCCUGGAGACGGGAGGCCGGAGGCGGAGAGACACCGACUGACCAGCCAUAGACGAACUCUCAGAAGACUGGAGACUAGCCACCACUGUUCCAUUGUCUAAGAAGGGCAACAGGGAUAAUCCAAGAAGUUAUAGGCCAGUGAGCCAUGCAUCAGUGAUAAGAAAAGGGAAAUCUCUAUGGAGCAGGAACAUGACAAGAGCAAACCACGAUCAAAGAGACCAGACAAAGCUUUGUAUGUUCCCAGAGCUCGGCGUCACUUAAGCACGGACUACCAGGAAAGUUGUGAUCCCAAUCUAGAGGGAGAAGCCCAAAAGGUGCUCACAAAUACUGUAAUUGCAGAAAAGAGUGAGAUAAGUACUGCUGUAAGUGUAUUUCCUUAUGAUAACAUGCGAAUGCCUCAUGAGUGGAUUCACACACAAAGCAACUUACUUCAUAAGGAAGAAAGCCAAGGAGAGAGCACCAACAAAGAUUUCAAAAAGAGGCAAACUGUGAACUCUGUUCGAGAAAGGAAGUCAGGUGAAGGAAACAGAUUGGAAUCAAAGCGCUUAAAAGAAAAGAAAGCAAUCCAGCAGAAGUGUAUGGCAGGAUCAAACAGUAGUAAAUUGCACAGCAGAGAGAAAGAACUGAUGCAUAAAGAAGCAAUGUCACAAAAAUGUAAUAAUAUUGAUGUAGCAGCAAACAGUUUACUUGAAGUUAUCAGCUCUGUUGCUGACAGUAAUGGAGAAGGAAUGAGAUCCAGUCACACAGAAAUCCAAACCCCUGCACAACAGAUUACCGCAAAUAUGUCUACUGAUGAACAGUCAGAACACAGAAAUGAUGACAGACUCAGUAAUGCAGAUUCUGUUGUAAGUGCGCAAAAGACUGAUAUAAACAAAUCUCUCCAUCUAAAAGCUGCCUCUGGUGUGAGCAGAAGUUGUGUUUCUAACAGUUUCCUUCAGCCAAAUGAACUGGUAUCCUCUAAAUUAGCCAUCUGUAAAUGCUCAGAUGCUGUGAAACAUACUGUAUUAGAAUGUUCAGAAAGUGUAAAUGAGGCACAGAAGAUGGAAAGAAGCAGUAGACAAUAUUCAUGCACUGAAGCAGCUGAACGAGACAGUUCUUACAAGGUAUUUGCUGUGAACAAUGCAACAGAGCAUGAAACUAGGAUAGAUAAUGGCUCUUUCUCUCACGGAACUGAGAGUAUGUUUCUAAAGGAGAACGUUGUUAGUCUACCCACCACUUCAUCUGGAAAUGUAGUCUUCUCAAAUCCCCCAAGUUUUGAAUUUGUUGCUCUUUCAACCAUACAAGAAGUGCAACAAGGAACUGAAAAGGCUGGAACCUUAAUAGAAAAAGACAACACUGCAAUCACCCCAACAGACAGUAAACCUGUCAGCACAGAACGAGAUGCUGAAAUCGGUGUUGUUUUGCAAAGUGUCAACCAAAUCUCACUAGCUUCAGACCAACUACCUGCUGGUACAGAUGAAACUGAGUGUGUUAAAGCAGCAGUUCCUGAAGAAUCAGAGGCUGUCACUUGGGAUGCCCUUUUCAAUGAUGAUGGAGAUUGCCUGGAUCCUCAUCUCCUCGAAGAGCUAACCGGUAAUAGCAAGCCCAAGAAGAAUAUUCAGGAUCCUUGUUUCAACUAUUACAACUACCAGCCAGCAGAGCCAGACAUUGAUGAUUCGGAAUUUUCACACAUUGUCGAGAUCUAUGAUUUUCCUGCAGGAUUUAAGACUGAGGAUUUGCUGCGAGCUUUCUCCAUUUAUCAGAAGAAAGGAUUCGAUAUCAAAUGGGUGGAUGACACGCAUGCAUUAGGCUUGUUUUCAAGUGCAAUUGCAGCACGUGAUGCAAUGAGUACCAAGCAUCCAAUGCUGAAGACUCGACCUUUGUCACAAGCAUCUAGAUCAUCGAAGGUCAAGGCUAGAAGCUGUGCAGAAUUUCUCUUGCCUGCAAAGGAACGCCCUCAGACAAGUGCCAUGCUCGCGAGAAGGUUGGUCAUUGGAGCACUUGGUGUGAGAAGCAAUCAAACCAAAGCAGAGCGAGAAGCUGAACGUAAAAAGCUGAAGGAAGCAAGGGAGCAGAAACAGCUUGCAGCACAGCAGAUUGAAGAUGCUUGGGAAGGAAGGUAGCCCAAGAUAUUAAAGUGAAUUGGACCGCAGAAAUCAGCAGUGUUCUCUUCAGUAUGAAAGUACCAGAGUCUGUCGCACUGAGAGGAGGCUUGAAUGCAAUGCGUGCUUUAAGACAUACACAGUCUGUGUUGCAUUAUCUGCACAGGGGAAAUGUUUGAAAGCCUGUGAAAAGAACUGCACAGCAUAUAAUAGAAAGUGAGCUUACAAGACCUGCAAGAUGUGUGUAUUUUUGGUGAAGUCACUGUACUACCAUGUGCUGACGAUGCUUUUAAGUCUGUUUUUGUCUCUUUUUCUUCUUUAACUUACAGAACAACCAAUGUAGACCCUUAGCAGUUGGACACCAGCUAACAGAUUCUUAAGUAUUUUAAGCAGUAACUUUUAUUCCAGUUCCUUGUGUGUUUUUGCUACACUAACUUAGUCAGUGCAGAUUGAUAUUUUGAAUCUGACAGCUGGAGCUACUUAAGGAGGAGUUGAAUGGGAAGAGUUGCAGAAUGUUUCUGGUUUGCUGGGCCAAUUGGCCUUCCUAACUGGCAAUUCUGAGAGCUCUUGGAAUGUUUUCCCUGUUUCCUUACCUUCUCUUUGGAUGCUGCAAACGAUAUCUUGCAGAAUAUUGUCUUUACGCGGCAUUGGGAAGUUUGUGAUUUCUCCUCCUGUUUUCACCUACCUUCUAUCCCGAAUGUGGAAUGAUCCCAAAUCUGUAUGGUACAGUCAGCGGUGAUCCCUACAUCUAUUCAUGUAUCUCUACUGCCUGCCACCUUUAUCUGCCUUUAGUCAAUAGUUUAAAGUUUUAAAUCUUUUAAUCAACUUCUUCAGGGAUGUUGUGACAUAGCUCUGGAGCAGGUAGGUCUUGAACCUGGACUUCCUAUUCCAGAGGUGACAACAUUAACACUGCUCCAUUUGCACUCACUUAAGGUUUCAUAUUUAAACACUAAAGGCAGCUCAUCUGAUUGCAGUUGAUUGGAAAACCUAGACUUCUAAAAGCACUCCUGAUGUGUAUCAUUUUCACUUGAAUUUACAUGCCUGGUUUCAACAAACUGUACAAAAAGACAAGUUACUUGGGUUAUCUUUGGAAAUUAACAAUAUUGGAGCUUUUGGUCAGCAGUAAUUUGGAAGUGACUCAAUGUGAUAUCUUAAAGAAUCUUGACACAAAAGCAUUAAGUUUUGAAAGCUUUUAGCGAUGACAUUGUGGGGGCAUUCAGCAUUUCUGAUAACAUGAUGCAGCAGCUAAACAGUGAGGACUGAGACAGUACUGCCAGUCAAGUUGCUGAGACAUGGAUCUUGGACAUUUCCUUCCUCUUCCUCCUCACCCAUUCCAACAAAAUAACAAGGAGUUGUGAAAGGUGCUAUAUAAAUGCUCGUCAUUAAUUUGAUUCAUACUGCUUAAUUACAUUUUGGGAUAUUAAUGCACAACUGAAUACUUUAAUAAUCGAAUUAGACCAUAACAUAAAGGGAAUUCCCCAAACCAGUAUUCCCUCGUAAAUCCAAAGUCCUUGUUGACAUUCACUGAUCUCUUCUACUAGCUUACUUUCCUUUUUAUUACACAGGGUGAGGGCCCUCAUGGUGCAAUGGUAAGGGCCCUUUCCUCUGAUCCAGGAGACCUGGGUUUCAACUCCCACUUGCUCCAGAUAUAUGUCGUAACAAGCUGAUUAAAAAUUAUCUACAGAGAGAUGCCACAUACAGUUUAUUUGUCACAUUGUAGGGAAUCACCCAAGUAAUUGCAGAAUUGGGAUCAAAAGCUUGAGUUGAUAAUACUUUGAAUUUGUGGUACACGCUCAAGGCCACUUGCGUACAGUGACCGAGUAAGUCAAUUUAGUUAUUGCCGUGUGAGAUUUAUUUUUAUAAUCAGUAUUUCUCUGUGAUUCUGUGUACUUUACUGUGAAACUCUAAACAAAGUGUCCUAGGGAAUAGUGUGUUGCUGAAGACAAAUCUAGUCAUUAUUAAGUUAGUGAUGCGAGAACCCAAAGAGACUUCUGUGUGUUUUUAGUAUCUUCACUGGAUCAUCAGCUCAAUACUAAAUUUAAAUUUCAGUCCCUAAUCUGUAAAAUGAAUUGCUGACUGUAAAAUCUGGGGUGUUCUUAAGGUGCCACUUAAAUUAAAUAUACCUAUUUGUAAUUGCUUUUACUGCCAUCUACCUCCUUUCUCAUUGUAAAAACAGUAACUUGUCAUAAUGUACAAUUCAAUACAGCACAGGAACAGGCCCUUUGGCCUACUGAGCCUGCACAGAUUCCUAUUCCUUAUUUACACCCAGUACUUAUUGGCUAUGCACGGUUUCUAUUCCUCUGUUCACCACCUGUUCAUAUGUACAUCAAACUACACCUUAAACAUUGAUAAUGUGCUUGAUUCCACCAUCUCCACUGGCAGUGCCUUCCAGGCACCCACCACCCUCUGUAUGAAACAUUUUUCCCACACUUCUCCCCUAAACUUUCCCCCUCUGACCUUGAAACUGCUCUUUUGUAGUUGACCUUCCCAUCCUUGGAAAAAGACUCUGACUAUCCACCCUGUCUAUGUCCCUCAUAAUUUUGUAGACCUCUAUCAGACCACCCCCUCAGCCUCUGUCAUUCCAGUGAACGCAAUUGAGUUUAUUUAACCCCUCCUCAUACUAAAAACCCUCCAGACUAGGCAACAUCCUGGUAAACUUUCCCUAUACUCCCUCCAAAGUAUUUGAGUCCUUCUGAUCGUGUGGCGAAUAGAAAAGUUAAGUUACAGCUGUAACAUAACUUGCCAAAAUUUGUAUUCAUUGCCCUGGCCAAUGAAGGCAAACAUGCUGUGUGCCUUCUUGACUAUCUUAUCCACCUGUGUUGCCAUUUUCGGGGAUCUGUGGCCCAGAUCCCUUUGUAUGUCAGUGCUCCUAAGGAUUCUGCCAUUUAUUGUAUAAUUUGCACCUGAAUUUGAUCUUUCAAAAUGUAUCACCUCGCAUUUGUCUGGAUUGAACUCCAUCUGCCAUUUCUCUUACCAAAUCUAUCUUUAUCCUGGCAUUUCCUUUGACAAUCCUCACUAUCUGCAACUCCAUCUUUUGGGGUCAUCCACAAAUUUACAAAUCUGACUCCCUACGUUUCCCAAAGGACCAUAGGGCUUCACUGGGGAGAGACAACUCCUAUUGAUUUAACGGGAGUGUCACUAUAUCUCAGGUGACCUCAGCUGGUGCAGGAAUUGAACCACGCUAUUAGCAUCAUUCUGCAUCACAAACUUAGAUAAUCCCUUUUAUUUUCACUAUACCUUUCUUGGAAAGCACAUCUAGUUAGUUCUUGUGAAGUUAUUUCUUCAAUCUUCUUUCAAUGGUAUAUUGUGGUAAUUUGUUAUAUCACAGUUCACAUCCUUUUGUUGAAAUUAAAAGGUUUCCUUUCUUUUUCUAACUUAUUGUUUAAACUUGUCCCUCAUCAUAUUUAAACUACUGGUCGCGCUUAGCAAUUUGCCUAGAAUUGACAUUUCUAAAAUGAAAGUUUCAAGCAAAGUGUUAAUUUACUCAACCGUCCAUCUGGAGAGAGUAUCCAUGAAGCUGCAGCAGUUAUGAGGAACAGAGAUCUGUGCAAACACUUCAGAGAUUUAUAACCCAUUUUCUUAAAUUUUGAAAGCAACUUCUGUAAAUGUUUGUCUUUUUUAAGUAAAGCAAAAAUCACA